AUGAUCAUCAUAGCAUUACUGAUGAUCAUUUACGUCAUCGUUCAAGUACGAUUCGUCAUCACUACACAAAACAUCACGCAUCAAGAACGCAUCUCCUUUCUCCAACCAAUUUCUUCGUUCAUAUUUCUGGUAUCAAUCAUAACGAUACACAAAAUUAUGUCACCAUCCUCUCAUUACUUUUUUCUUCUCUUCACUCAUAUUCCCUAUACUAAUUUUCUACUUUAUUUCUUUUUACUCUUUCUCUCUCUCUCCUCCUCUCUUUUCUUUUACUUCCUUUCUGUUUAUCGUCUGUUUUCCAUUUAUCAGCCAAAAACUCUCCUUUUUGUAUUGUUUUGUUUCCCUUUCUUUUUUCUCUUUUUUUUAUUUUUACACCGCAUUCCUUCUCUUUUUCUCUGUCUAUCAGCUUUAUCUCUCUGUCUCUGUCUUUUUUCUUGCCUCUCUUUCUUGGUGUUAAACUAUCUAAACUGGUCUCUUUCUAUCCUUUCUUACACUUUCAUUAACUUUCUUACCUUCUCUCGCUAUUCUCUCUCACUCUAUUUCUAUCUCCCUUUCUUUCCCAAGCUUACCUACCCUCUGCUUUUACCACGAAGAGGGAUUUAUAAGGACUUCAUUUAUUCUCUCUCUCUCUCUCUCUCUCUCUCUCUCUCUCUCUUUCUCUCUCUCUUUUUCUUUCUCUUUCUUUCUUUCUUUCUUUCUCUCUCUCUCUCUUUCUUUUCUUUCUUUCUUUCUUUCUUUCUUUCUCUCUCUCUUUAUGCAUAUUUGUUUAUCCAUAUGUUAUUUUUUCAGUAUUUAUAUGCAACAGAACUACGCUAUUCAAAACGAUUCAUUUCUCAAAUACAGGAAACACUCUAA